UAAUCAAUCAUCCUUCCACUGAGCUACAACCCUAAUUCCACUCAUUUUUCAAAGUAUCUUUUCUCUUCUUGUGGUAAGAGAACUAUAUUAGAUACUUUGUACCUCCAUUGUAUUUAGAAAGAAAGAAACCCUCUUUUCAACCAGAAGGGAAAUGUAGAGUUUACAGUUGUGACGUAUCAUGCAACCAAAUAAUAUUAACAAAUAGGAUACAGAGAAGACAAGUAAAUAGGGUUAGCCAGGUAUGGUGGUACUCACCUGUAAUCUCAGAAUUUAGGAGGUCCAGGCAGAAGGAUAGCAAGUUCUAGGCCAACCUGAGCUAUGUAUAACAAGACCUUGUCUUGAACAAAAAUAUUACAAAAGAGAAUAAGGUAAAAAUAAUGAUUCAAGGGAGAAGAAAACCAGAAUAGAUGUAUUUUUGGUCUGUUUUUUGUAUGCAUGCCUUCCAUGUUAGUGAUAGGGAGAGGCAUUUAACAUACCAGUCUCAAUUUCUAUGGUAUAACUUGAGAGAAGUUUAUUAUUUACUCACCCAAUAUUCUAGUAUGCAUUUUCUUUGCAGGUAGUGUCUUUCCUGUAUAGAUGUGGAAUUUGGGCCAGGCUGCUUUUGUCGUCUGGCCAUGCCAACUUAUAGCACCUUGAUGACCUCUGUUUUCAAUCAGAGUGGGAAAGAGAUGGAGGAUAAAAAUCUGGUUGCUGAAAUGACAGUCAUCGCCUCAUCUACCUUCUGAGAAUAAAAAUCUGGUUGCUGAAGUAACACAGCCUUGACUAACAUGGGAGUCUCACUUAGCUGUCAAGGGGCUGGGAAAUGUAGUGUGCUCCUACUGAGUGCUGGCACUUGUCCCUCAGUGCCUACUUCACUGGGUACUUUGGGAAUUAGUUUUUGGUGGAUAGCCACCUAGCUAGCUAGCUGCGCUGUCAUCUCUUAAGAUAACAGCAGGAUAGUUAAUGUUCAUCAGCUUGGGACAGUUUACUAUUUAAAAGAUAGUAAUUAUUUUUAAAUGGUAAAUUUUUAUAGGGAAAUAAGUUUAAAUUUAUUACUAACUGGCAUUUUUGCCUCCUUUGGUAGCAUAUAGUUAUGCUUUGUUUUAGCUUUAUCUUUUGGAAGUACUCUGGAUGAGACCCAGGGGCUCUUGAAGCAAAGCACUGCUACCUCAGAGAUAUACCCCAUCUCUGUUUUAACUUUAAUAACCUUGUGUUUAACAGUUUAGAUCAUGUCUCAGUGAAGCUUAAAAGCUACCUUAUUUACAUCGAAUUCACAAGCCACUAAGUAAAAAGCUGUCAAGCUAUGGCAUGCCAUUGGUUAUAGAUGUUGAUUACUUUUAAUUUAACUCCAUCUUUUAUCCCCUUCGCUGUAGUUUGAAAUUGGUACAAUGGAAGAACCUGGAAUUUGUGGGUUAGAAGUGAAAGCUGACAUGUUGUGCAACUCUCAAGCAAAUGAUAUUCUUCAACAUCAAGACUCCAGUUGUGGUGGCACAACUAAGAAGCAUUCACUGGAAGGGGAUGAAGGCAGUGACUUUAUAACAAAGAAUAGGAAUUUGGUGAGUUCAGCAUUCCGUGCACAGGAGUCAAGAGAAGAAAUUCCUGGACAAGAAGCUCGAACAGGUCCUCCUGAUGGCCAGCAAGAUUCAGAGUGCAGCAGGAACAAAGAGAAAACCUUAGGAAAAGAAGUUUUAUUGCUGAUGCAAGCGCUAAACACCCUUUCCACCCCAGAGGAGAAGCUGGCAGCUCUCUGUAAGAAAUAUGCUGAUCUUCUGGAGGAGAGCAGGAAUGUUCAGAAACAAAUGAAGAUUCUGCAGAAGAAGCAAGCCCAGAUUGUAAAAGAGAAAGUUCACCUGCAGAGUGAACACAGCAAGGCCAUCUUGGCAAGAAGCAAACUGGAGUCUCUUUGCAGGGAACUUCAGCGUCACAAUAAGACCUUAAAGGAGGAAAAUAUGCAGCAGGCACGAGAGGAAGAAGAACGACGUAAAGAAGCAACAGCACAUUUCCAGAUUACUCUAAAUGAAAUCCAAGCCCAACUGGAACAACAUGACAUACAUAAUGCCAAACUCCGCCAGGAGAACAUCGAACUGGGAGAGAAGCUGAAGAAGCUCAUUGAGCAGUAUGCACUGAGGGAAGAGCACAUUGAUAAAGUAUUCAAGCACAAGGAAUUGCAACAACAACUUGUGGAUGCCAAACUUCAGCAAACAACACAGCUGAUAAAAGAAGCUGAUGAAAAACAUCAGAGAGAGAGAGAGUUUUUACUAAAAGAGGCAACAGAAUCCAGACACAAAUAUGAACAAAUGAAACAGCAAGAAGUACAACUAAAACAGCAGCUUUCUCUUUAUAUGGAUAAGUUUGAAGAAUUCCAGACUACUAUGGCAAAAAGCAAUGAACUUUUUACAACCUUCAGGCAGGAGAUGGAAAAGAUGACAAAGAAAAUUAAAAAACUGGAAAAAGAGACAAUGAUAUGGCGCACCAAAUGGGAAAAUAAUAAUAAAGCACUUCUGCAGAUGGCUGAAGAGAAAACUGUCCGUGAUAAAGAGUACAAGGCCUUUCAAAUAAAACUGGAACGGUUAGAGAAGCUGUGCAGGGCUCUUCAGACAGAGAGAAAUGAGCUCAACGAGAAGGUGGAAGUCCUGAAAGAGCAGGUCUCUAUCAAAGCAACAGAUGGGGACUUGGUGUCACCUGCGAUGCAGCCCUGUGCUGCCCUGGAUUCAUUCAAGGAGACGAACACUUCAAGAAGAGCCCUGGGAAUGCACUUGGAGCCUAGGGCCAAAGCCAAGUCAGUGAGUGAGAGAAGAAGUGCCACACAAAAGCCCUCAUCUUCAGGUUCUGCGAAAGGCAUUGAGUCAGUUGACUAGGGUGAAAUGUGAUCACUGUAUUGAGAGAUAUAUUUUGUGUAUAAAUUCCUCUGUUAGUAGUAACUAUUGGUUUUGUGGUGAAAUUUUUCUUACUUUUUCUACCAUAUCUGUAUUUUCUUAGAACUACUGGACUUAUGUGGUACAGGAGGCUGCUUAGCAGUUUGAAAUAGUUUUAAUCUAUAAAUUUCCUUAAACUAUGUUGCACAUCUGCCUCAUUUCCCCCCUCUUUGUUGGCGUGCAUGUCUUCAUUGCUUUGUCCUUUCUGCUCCUUGCACCUAAUUUUCCUAACUAAAGUAUCAUUCAAGACAGGGCCAUUUGAGGAACUAUGUUCUCAGGAUAGUUCCUUGAUGUGAAAACAAUUUAAAUUAAAACAUCUUGGCCCAUUAAUGUUAGUCAAAGGAAAAUACCAAGAUGAUUACCUUUGCUUAAUAGCCUAUUUAAAUAAAGGGGGACGGGGACAGGUCAGAAACAAGCUUAGCAUUUUUGAUUCAAAUUAGCUUUUCUUGAUUUACUUGAGAAAUUGAGAUGACAACCUUGAAGUUCUGGCGGAACAUAAAUGUUACUUGUGAACAAAAUUGGAUGAACAGGCUUAAUGUUUCUGCAACUAAAAAUAAGUCAUACUGUGCUGGUUUUGGGAUACAAUGUACCACAUGUGAAAUUAAUCUGGACUACCUGAUGAUCACUGUAGUGGAUGGUGGUGGUUUAUGUACAUAUUCUCCACUUUGCAGAAAAGCUGAUUAUUCUUUGAAAACUGUUCUUCCUUGCAGUACUUUGUGAGUUUAGAACAAGAAUAAAUUCAUAUGGAGCUUGUAUUAAGCAAAAGCUUUUUUUCACCCCCUACAUUUUGGCUGUAUGAAAAUUGGUUGUUCAUUUGCUCUAUGACUCUCACCAGGGGCUAUGGAUGUAGCUCAGUGGUAAGCACUUGCCUAUCAUAAGAGGCCCUGGGUUUACAAGUUCCAUCAGCAAAGAAUGCUAGUUAUUUUGUUUCCUGAAAGAGAAUUUAAAUUAUGGAUCAGCACUAACUGAAACAUUUAAUUUCCAAAGUAAAAACACUGGAAACAGCAUUUUUUCUAUCUUGGGAAGACUUGGCAGAUUGUUUACAUAGUCAAGAAGACGACCUUAUGCUUUCUGGUCCAUUUCUCUUUCUUUGAUGCUGUCACUUAAAACAAGACAAAACAAACCAGUAUUAACGUUUCUACACUUUAAAUUGGGGAAAUUUCAAAACAUGUCUUAGUUCUUUUUGUUUUCUCAGUGUUGAAUGUGGCUCAGCCAUGCAAACUACUAGAAGGUUUUUAUUGUCUUGGUAUAAAUUUGCAUGGAAAUUCUAUAAACCACAUUCUAUUGAGCAAAACUAUAAGACUAAAUUGCUUACUGGACUGAAUAAACUCCAUUUCUCUUUGCUACAAGUUUUAUUUGUAAACUCCUGUCACAUUCAUGGUCUGAACUGGGUUCAAAGAACUGAAAAUUGUUCAAAAGAUAGAAAACAGUCCCUGGAGUAGAGUAUUAUAUCUUUCUAAACUUUCACCAUUGGUUAUGUUAAUCAAGGGGUCAGACAGUGGAGGAAAAGAAAUUUUUAAAGUAGAUUGUAAUCUUAUUACUGUCAAAGUGUGUCAGAAACAAAAACAAUACCUUCCAAUAGCCUCUUAUAAAUACUCUCCCACCUUCAGCUACUAGAAAAUACUGGAUCAUUUCCCAUGAAGGUAUAUCAGAAAUAUAAUCUACUUGGAAAUUAUUACUAAUGAUCACAUUUCAUAAGUCUGCUGGAUACACAGCUCUUAACAUUUUAUUAAGCCAUGUGUGUAGCCUGCCACAUUUUUUUUGUGGUGCUUGUCCUGUGUGGAAGACUAUAAAUCUUGGACCUGUUGCAUAUUUUCAAGGGCUUCAUAAAGCAAUGUGAUUAACAGUCCCGGCCUGCUGCUUUUGGCUUACAUGCAUUUUUAGCUAGGUGUUUGGAGGAUAGGGAUUCUGUCUGGGAUGCAUUCAGAAUCUUUCCUCCCAUUACCCUGUGAAUACAAAUGGGACCUCAGAGAAGGAUACCCUCCCCUAAAGUGAUCACCUCACCAGCCCAGUGUUGUGGCUUUGUAGCACGCCCUGUAUCUACCAUAUUAUAGAACACUGUAAUGCUACUAGGCUGGCUCAGAAAAGGUUUAAAUGUUGAAUUCACUUACUGCAUUUGGUGCACUACCAUGCGAUCUUGAUGUACAUUUAUAGUGGCAGUAGACCCCAAAAUGUAGCGAAAACUUGGGUCUUGAAUAUCAGGCCAUUUCAUCCUCAGACUUGUAGAAGUACAUUUCCUGGUCUUGAGACCAGUAUUUUUUAGUUAUGUAUGCAACUGCCUUUAUUACACACCUGGUUAUCACAAUUCAAUUCUCAGGUGUUGCAGAAAAAUCUACCUCUUUCAGACUGUAGAUGGAAAUAACUGUGAAAAAAUGAUGCAGAUAUCUUCUAGUUUGUGCUAAACACACUGCUUUAUUUUUACAGCCCACGUCUUUCAUGAGGAUAUGAAUUGUUAAGAGGCAGUCUUGUUUUGCUUUUCAAAGACAUUUUGUAGAGAUUUUUCACUAACGUGAAUCUGAUUUUAUCUACUCGAUUCUGUAUAGAUACAUAUUAAGUAAAUAUGUAUGAUGAA